GCGCAAGGCCUGCCGGGAGGGGGCAGGUAGCGGGAGGGUCGGGUCCAAUGGGUGCCGGCUCCCGAGGAGAGGGAGGAGGAGAGGAGGAAGGAGUCGACUUCUGGGCCCCGGCCCCAUUCAUUGCAGCGGCGGGGCGGGCUGGGGGGGGGUCUAGUGUCUUCUGAGUCAUGGAGGCGCUAAUUCCUGUCAUCAACAAGCUCCAGGACGUCUUCAACACCGUGGGCGCCGAUAUCAUCCAGCUGCCUCAGAUCGUCGUAGUGGGAACGCAGAGCAGUGGAAAGAGCUCAGUGCUAGAAAGCCUAGUGGGGAGGGACCUGCUUCCCAGAGGUACUGGUAUUGUGACCCGGAGACCUCUCAUUCUGCAACUGGUCCAUGUUUCACCAGAGGAUAAACGAAAAACAACAGGAGAAGAAAAUGGGGUGGAUGCAGAAGAAUGGGGUAAAUUUCUUCACACCAAGAAUAAGCUUUACACGGAUUUUGAUGAAAUUCGACAAGAAAUUGAAAAUGAAACAGAAAGAAUUUCCGGAAGUAAUAAGGGAGUAAGCCCUGAACCAAUUCAUCUGAAGAUUUUUUCACCCAGUGUUGUCAAUUUGACACUCGUGGAUUUGCCAGGAAUGACCAAGGUGCCUGUAGGUGAUCAACCUAAGGAUAUUGAGCUUCAAAUCAGAGAGCUCAUUCUCCGGUUCAUCAGUAAUCCAAAUUCCAUUAUCCUUGCUGUCACAGCUGCUAAUACAGAUAUGGCAACAUCAGAGGCACUUAAAAUUUCAAGAGAGGUAGAUCCAGAUGGUCGCAGAACCCUGGCUGUAAUCACUAAACUUGAUCUCAUGGAUGCCGGUACUGAUGCCAUGGACGUACUGAUGGGAAGAGUUAUUCCAGUGAAACUUGGAAUAAUUGGAGUAGUAAACAGGAGCCAGCUAGAUAUUAACAAUAAGAAGAGUGUAGCUGAUUCAAUUCGUGAUGAAUAUGCUUUUCUUCAAAAGAAAUAUCCAUCUCUGGCCAACAGAAAUGGAACAAAGUAUCUUGCUAGGACUCUAAACAGAUUAAUUAUUGAAUGGUCAUUAUAUAAAUGGCAUAUUGAGGGAAACAAAGAUUUCUACAGUGGGCCCUUAAGGAGUUUAGUGGGUAAAAAACCAUAUACUUCAUUGCCUUUCAGAUGUGGUGGUGCUAGAAUUUGUUACAUUUUCCAUGAGACUUUCGGGCGAACCUUAGAAUCUGUUGACCCCCUUGGUGGCCUUAACACUAUUGACAUUUUGACUGCCAUUAGAAAUGCUACUGGUCCUCGUCCUGCUUUGUUUGUGCCUGAGGUUUCAUUUGAAUUACUGGUCAAGCGGCAGAUUAAACGUCUAGAAGAGCCCAGCCUCCGCUGUGUGGAACUUGUUCAUGAGGAGAUGCAGAGGAUCAUUCAGCAUUGUAGCAACUAUAGUACACAGGAAUUGUUACGGUUUCCUAAACUUCAUGAUGCCAUAGUUGAAGUAGUGACUUGUCUUCUUCGUAAAAGGUUGCCUGUUACAAAUGAAAUGGUCCAUAACUUAGUGGCAAUUGAAUUGGCUUAUAUCAACACAAAACACCCAGACUUUGCUGAUGCUUGUGGGCUGAUGAACAAUAAUAUCGAGGAACAAAGGAGAAACAGGCUAGCAAGAGAAUUACCUUCAGCUGUAUCACGAGACAAGUCUUCUAAAGUUCCAAGUGCUUUGGCACCUGCCUCCCAGGAGCCCUCCCCUGCUGCUUCUGCUGAGGCUGAUGGCAAGUUAAUUCAGGACAGCAGAAGAGAAACUAAAAAUGUUGCAUCUGGAGGUGGUGGGGUUGGAGAUGCUGUUCAAGAACCAACAACAGGCAACUGGAGAGGAAUGCUGAAAACAUCAAAAGCAGAAGAGUUACUAGCUGAAGAAAAAUCAAAACCAAUUCCAAUCAUGCCAGCCAGUCCACAGAAAGGCCAUGCUGUGAAUCUGCUGGAUGUGCCAGUUCCUGUUGCACGAAAACUAUCUGCUCGUGAACAGCGAGAUUGUGAGGUCAUCGAACGACUCAUCAAAUCCUAUUUCCUCAUUGUCAGAAAGAAUAUUCAAGACAGUGUGCCAAAGGCAGUGAUGCAUUUUUUGGUUAAUCAUGUAAAAGACACUCUUCAGAGCGAGUUAGUAGGACAACUGUAUAAGUCAUCCUUGUUGGAUGAUCUUCUGACUGAAUCUGAGGACAUGGCACAGCGUAGGAAAGAAGCAGCUGAUAUGCUAAAGGCAUUGCAAGGAGCUGGUCAAAUUAUUGCCGAAAUCCGAGAGACUCACCUUUGGUGAUGAGAACUAAAUAAUACUGAGACUUUGUUGACUCGAAACCUGCUAGUUACUGCCUACUUGAGUAGAAUUUUAUUUAUGAACUCCUGUGUAUUGCAAUGGUAUGAAUCUGCUCAUGUGAAGACUGGCUAUAACCUAAAAAGUGUACUCUGUACUGCAGAACAAAUCACACAUUUAAUCCAAAUAAUAAAUGGCUGUUUCUAAAGUUUCCCAAUAUAUAUGAAAUAUAUCAA